AUGGCGUACUCUCUUCUCACUUCUCUCAUCAUUUUCUGUCUCUUCUCCCUCUCUUCUUCUCUCCCAUCCCAAACAAUCCUCGACGCUGCUGAAAUCCUCUCUGAUUCGGGCUACGUCUCCAUGUCCCUCACCCUCGAACUCGUCUCUCAGACCCUGCUUCCCAAAUCGCCGUCGGCCACCUUGUUCGCUGCUUCCGACGCCGCAUUUAUCGAAUCCGGUCAGCCUCCGCUGUCCCUACUCCAAUUCCAUUCCUCGCCCCUAGCUUUAUCUUUUGAAAGCCUCAGUUCACCUCCCGUCGGGGCCAAGAUUCCGACGAUGUUCGCCAACCACUCGUUGAUAGUCACCAGCUUCUUCGAUCCGAAUUUCCCGGCUUUAGGCCUGACUCGAAGCCCUAGCCCUAAUGCGGGAUGCACAGAUGAUGCAAUUGCUUCUUCAGGGUUUAGAGAUGGCACAAAGGUGACAGUUCUCGCCCCAGCUGAUGAAGUUAUGAUGGAUCGUGUUGGUAAUUUUAGCAACAUUUCAUCGUCAAUCUUUCUUCGGCAUGUUCUUCCAUGCAAGGUUUCAUGGUCUGAUCUGGUUAAUUUUGAUGAUGGCUCAAUGUUGCCGACAUCUUUGGAGGGCUUUACCAUUAACAUUAUUAGAUCUGGUGAUACAUUGAAGCUGAACGAAGUUUCAGUUGCUUUUCCGGACAUGUAUUACAGUGAUUGGCUUGUUGUUCACGGUCUUGGGGAAGUUCUUACCUUGCUGGAGGGACCAGAACAAGCUGCAGACUCCUCGUCUCAAAUUUAA